AUGUUAACAGUACUAAUAACCACCACCGCCGCUACAACAACAGCAGAAGGAACAAACCACCAACAAAACACAACCUUAAACUUUCAUCAACAAAACACAACCUCAAACUUUUACCAACAGUCUCACAACCAAAUCAAGAGAGAGAAACAAAACCUUCAACAGCAAAAAGAGCUACACAAUCUUCAACACCAGAAAGUAAUCCGCAAGUCAAAAACGAUUGAGUCUCUGAAAGGUUCAAUCGACUAUAAGUCAGUCAAAAAGAAUCCUUCGCAAGAAUCGCUAUCAAUAGAGCCCGAGCUUAUAAAAGCUCAAGGAACAAAAAAUUAUAUAACAAAGGCAAAAGAGAAAAACGGUUGGCAAGUUAAUGCUGGUGUUUUUUUUGAAAAAGCAAUUAAGAAGGGUUUAGAUGAUUGUUCAGAUUCAGAUUCAGAUGACGACGAUGGUAAAAAGAAGAAAUUUUUGAUUUUUGCUUAUGAUAAUGCAACGUUGAAUAGUGAUAAUGUGAUGGUAUUGGCAAAUUCUAUUGGCGGCAAUGGUAAUUUCACAAUUGCCAGCUUAUUAGAGAAAAAUGGAAUGGAAAGAACUCUUGAUGAUGAUGAUGAUGAUGAUGAUGAUGAUGAUAAAAAUGAUGGCGGUAGUGGCACAAAAUUGAGAUCGCAUGCUGCCAGAAACGAAUUCGGUAAAGCUGUUUUUAAUGCUUUGUUUAUAACUAUUUUGUUGACAUUCUGUAUAGCAACAGUUUGA